AUUUUGGUUUCGUGGUGUGACGUCAAUCGGCUGCGCUCCUGCAUCGUUGUGAUUCGGAUGAAGAAAGGACGAAGUGAUGAAAACACUGAAAAACUCCUGGUGAGCCAACUGAGAUUCAUGUGACACAGUAUAAAGAUGAUGUUUAUUAAAGAGGAGAGUGAAGACCUGAAGACUGAAGAAGCAUUCGAACAUGAAGAUACCGAUGAACAAAGAAAGACAGCAUUUAUUAAAGAGGAGAGCGAAGACAUGAAGAUUGAAGAAGCAUUCGAAGUCAAACUUGAAGAUACUGAGACACAAACAGACACAAAGUCACUGAAAGAGGAGAGACAAGAACUGAAUGAAAUAGAGGAGAAGGAUCAGUAUGAGGAACUUAAUGAUUUAAUAACUGCGAAAAAAUCCAAAAAGACUAAAAAGACUUCCUCACGAAAAAGAGCUCAGAAGACCAAAUCUACCACCUGCCGUCAGUGUGGAAAGAGUUGCCGUGGAAAAAAAGUCCUUGAAGAACACAUGAGAAUUCACACUGGAGAAAAGCCUUUCUCCUGCCCUCGGUGUGGGAAGACUUGCAGUCUCAAAGGGAAUCUCAUAAGCCACAUGAGAGUUCACACUGGAGAAAAACCUUUCAUCUGCCAACAGUGUGGAAAGAGCUUCAGCCAAAGCAGCCACCUUAUAACCCACAUGAGAAUCCACACCGGAGAGAAGCCUUUCACCUGCCAACAGUGUGGAAAACAUUUCACUCAAAAGUGGAGUUUUAUAAAACACAUGAGAAUUCACACUGGAGAAAAGCCAUUCACAUGUGAUAAGUGUGGAAAGAGCUUCGCACUAAAAGAAACCCUAAGUUUUCACAUGAGAAAUCACUUAGGAGAAAACAGCUAUAUAUGUCCGCAGUGUGGAAGGAGUUUCAAUUAUAAAGUAAGCUUCAAGACUCACUUGAGAGUUCACACUGGAGAGAAACCUUACACAUGCUCUCACUGUGGACAGAGUUUCAGCCACAAAGGGAACCUUAUAAGCCACAUGAGAAUUCACACCGGAGAGAAACCUUACACAUGUCAACAGUGUGGAAAGAGCUUCUCACGAAUAGGAUCUCUUAAGAGUCACAUAGUCGUUCACACUGGAGAGAAGCCGUUCACAUGUGAUCGGUGUGGCAAGUGUUUUGGACGUAAAGUAAACCUUAAUCAACAUGUAAAGACUCACUUUAAGAGAGAACAGUUUUAGAUGUUAAGAUGGAAUAUUUUUCACAGACAUUAAAACCUUAUGCAUCAUGUAAUAACUGGAGAGAAGUGUGCCAUCACUAGCUACGUUUACCCAAAUAAUCCAUUAUCUGAAAAGCCGUUGGGGUGAUUUUCAAAAUGUAAACAAUAAAGUCAUGGUACUUGGAAAGUACUUAAGUGGCAGUCUGUACAUUUUGCAUUGGUUUAUAACCCGUCAUUGAACAAAAAAGUUUGACCAGGUGUAGCUAGUCUGUAAUGGCAGGUGGAGCAGAGCCCCACACAAAAUUUUCACCCAAAACAUAGACCUCACACUUUAAAUUCAUUUAGAAGAUUAAACAGUAACGUUACUGUAUGCUGGUGAAGUGUUCAAACAGAACUGUAUUAGUUUUGUGCAGGAAUAUUAUUAUUCUUACUGUUUGUUUUUAAUUUAUAAUGUGACUUAGGCAGCACCUAUAUUUUUAUAGUUUCACUUGAAACAAUUCAAAAUAAGGUUCAUUUUCCAUAACUAACAUUAACAAAAAUAAUUAAUGCUGUUAUGAACAGUGUUGGGGUAACACAUUACAAGUAAUGUGAGUUACAUAAUAUUAUUACUUUUUCCAAGUAACUAGUAAAGUAAUGCAUCACUUUUUAAUUGACAAGAAAAUAUCUGAAUGUCAGAAAAUGAAUAAAAUGAAUAAAAACCAUGAAAUUCAACUAUGACGCGAAUAUGACGCAAACUUGCAAUAAUUAAAUAUCCUUUAUGCAUUUAUUCCCAUUUUAUUAACUAAUGUCUUUGCUGCCGAACAUCGAUGAUCCAAUUCAACCAUACUAAUAAGCAAAAAUUACUUACAUAAUGAUAAUCUAACAUUUGUUUUCCUUUUUUUCAUUGCUGAAGAGUUGACUUUUUUUUCUAUGGUCUACCAUACAAACGUGAAUUUACUUUUCUCAAAGCCUGAGGCUUUUGGUGUGAAAAGGCUUUUACAUUUGCCAAAAAUAGAACUUUUGGUAACACUUUCUAUGAAACCUGUAUUUAUAAUACAUUAUAAGCGCAUAGCUUAAGGCAUUAUAAUGAAUGCAUAAUGCAUUAUAAAAAACCUUAUAGUAUGUUGUAUCAUCUCAUGAGUAUUCAUAAGAACAGUUUAUAAUACAAGAAUGUAUUAUAUUUUUUACUUAUUUGUGGUUAUAGCUUUUAAAGAGUAUGAUUACCAUAUUAUAAAUCUCAUAUCUUGCCAUGUUACACAUGUCACUUUACUUAAAGCAUACAAAGACCACUUAUAAGUAAUAGUAAUAAUAAUAAUAAUAUUUCUCAAAGAGCCAUAAGAUCAGGUAUCAGAUCAGAUGAAUGUGUAAUAUGACACAUUUGUAUUAUCAGUUUGAUUAUUUUGAUGGUGCUGCAUGUCAGUUAGCAGUAAUUAUUAUUAGUAGUUUGCUAAAUGUAUGCCAACAUUGUAUUUUGAUGGUUCCCCAAAAGGCAGUAAGUAACUUUGCAAGUACGUGAACCUGCCACCUAACCUAACCUUACCUUAACCUAAGUCUAUUAAUACUCUAAGGCAGUGGAUCCCAACCACAUUCCUGGAGGCCCCCCAACACUGCACAGUUUGCAUCUCUCCUUUGUCUGACACACCUAUUUCAGGUCUUAGAGUCUCUACUAAUGAGCUGACUGUCUGAAUCAGGUGUGUUUGAUUAAGGAGACAUGGAAAACAUGCAGUGUUGGGGGCCUCCAGGAACGUGGUUGGGAACCACUGCUCUAAGGAGUGUUAGUUGACAUAUAGUUGGAAAAUUGCUUAUUGUCAAUACACCAGGGAGACCAACAAAAUAAAACAUAAUAUAAUGUAAAAAAUAAAUGUAAUAUGAUAUAGUCCAUUAUAAAUGAUGUAGAUUUUAUAUGCUGUCCUUUGUGUUAUAAAUAAUCACAAUCUUAAAAGUUAUAACCUCAAAUACUCAAGUAUUAUAAUGUAUUAUAAUUGUUAUAAUUAUUCAUGAGAUGAUAUAACAUAAGGUUUUUUAUAAUGCAUUAUGCAUUCAUUAUAAUGCCUUAGAAAUACCAUUAUAAUAAAUAAGGGCUUCAUAGAAAGUGUUACCGAACUUUUUGUAUUAAAAAGAAACAAGCAAGCCCUGCCUAGAUUUAUAAAGUAACGCAAAAGUAAAGUAACGCAUUACUUUCCAUAAAAAGUAACGUAAAAUAUAACGUAAUUAGUUAUAUUUUUAGGGAGUAUCUCAAUUUUGUAAUGCAUUACUUUCCCCAACACUAGUUACAAAUGUAUUGUUCAUUGUUAGGUCAGGUUUAGUUAAUACAUUUACUGAUGUUAACAAAUGAUACCUUGUUGUAAGUGUUGCCGUAUCACUUAUCAUCAGCUUUUUUAAAAAAAAGAAAAUGUAGCUUAACACCCAAUAGUCAAAAACUCUGUUUCUCUCUUUAGAUGCACUUUUGAUAUAUCUAGUUUGCAACUUCUGUGUGAAUGUUUGAACACAAUGACUAUUGGUGAAAUGGGCUGUGAGGCAUGGGACGCCAGGUAAAAUCUUGCCUAGGGCAGCAAACUGGCCAGGGCCGGCCCUGCUUUUUCCACAUUUUGUCAAAGUACAGCCUUAUUCCAAAAUGGAUUAAGUUCAUUAUUUUCAUCAAAAUUCUACAAACAAUACACUAUAAUGACAAUGUGAAAGAAGUUUGUUUGAAAUCUUUUCAACUUAAAAAUAAACAAAUAAAUCACAUGUACAAGUAUUACCAGCCUUUGCCAUGACACCCAAAAUUGAGAUGUUUCUACAACUUGAUUGGAGUUCACAUGUGGUAAUUUCAGUUCGGAGCACUUGGGGGAUCGGUGCCUUGCUCAAGGGUCUCACCUCAGUCGUGGUAUUGAUGGAGAGAGCACUGGUUAUUCACUCCCCCCACCUUCAAUCCCUGCCGGACCUGGGACUUGAACCCGCAACCUUUCGAUUACAAGCCUGACUCUCUAACCAUUAGGCCACAGCUGCCCUAAUUGAAGUGGAAGUGAUCAGCCUUAAGAAAAACCAGAAGACUUUUUGAUGAAACUUUUGGCCAUGAUGAUUUUGUCAAGGCAAUCACUGGGCAGUUAAUGUGGACAGUUGGAAAUGUUCUCUGCAUUGAUAUCCUCACUGUUUGGUGGCCGAGAAGUGCAAAACAAAUCACAAUUCUGAAAACAACAUAAGAAAUUACGGCUGACUGGACGAGACAUCUGUCAAUCAAGGUAUACAAGAAGAACAGCAGAGUCGUGAAAAUUGCCCUUACUAUGGAAUAAAAAAUAUACAUGUACAUUUACAACACUGUACUCUGUAUUAUAUUAUCCUUGAAUCAGAACACAAAAAAAUAGUUGACGCUAAUGCGAGGGUGUUUCUAAUACAGUGGCUUUGGGAGUGAUGGUAAAUUUGGCAUAGUUCUCUUCUGACUGCCUUUAUUAGUAGCCUGUCUCUCUAUUUUUUUCUUCUCGUGAAAACACUCAUUGCGCAUUUCUUUUGCUAUUUGAACAACUGGGAAUGAAAAAAGGGGAAUAUAAAUACCUGAGUGAGCUCUUAUCGCAUUAUAGUCCCUCACGUCCGCUGCGUUCUCAAAACUCUGGCAAUUUGAUAAUACCGAGAAUAUCAAAAUCAACCGCGGGCGGCAGAUCUUUUUCUUAUUUAGCACCCAAACUCUGGAACAAUCUACCCUACAAUGUUCGGGACGCAGACACACUCUGUCAGUUUAAAUCUAGAUUAAAGACCCAUCUCUUUAACCUUGCUUACACAUAACAAAUCCACAUUCUUAUAAUUCAGAUCCGUUAAAGGAUUGUUAGGCUGCACUAAUUAGGUCAACCGGAACCGGGAACACUUCCCAUAACACCCGAUGUACUCGGUGCAUCGUCAGAAGAAUGGCAUCUACGCUAAUAUUAGUCUGUUUCUCUCUUAUUCCAAGGUCACAUUAACCACCAGAUCCAGUCCGUAUCCAGAUCAGAUGGUCACUGCAGUCCCCCAGAUCCAGUCCGAACCCAGCCCAGACGGUGGAUCAGCACCUAGAGACGACCUCUACAGCCCUGAAUGUCAGCGGAGUCCACAUCAACUAGAUGAGCCCCAGAGACGGAUCCACAUUAAAGACCACAUCACCUAGACGGCUGUCGGCACAAGACCACGGGAACUUUGGCCAGAGGAGAACUGGCCCCCCGACUGAGCCUGGUUUCUCCCAAGGUUUUUUUCUCCAUUUGUCAUCGAUGGAGUUUUGGUUCCUUGCCGCUGUCGCCUCUGGCUUGCUUAGUUGGGGACACUUUCUCUUAACACAAUAUUGCAUUUUAUUUUAUUGUUUUUGAUUAACUACCUUUACCUAUAAUGUGAGUGUUUAAUGUUGCCUUUGGCAUUGUUGAUGUACUGUUUCCUAUUUAAUACUGUACAGCCGCCUUGUCACAAUUCUGUAUUGUUAAAGGCGGUAUAUAAAUAAAGGUGACUUGACUUGACUUGA